AGAACCUCAACUUCUCCAUCAUUCUUCAUUUUCGCCGUUUCCUUUGCCGGGAUACCUCAAUAACGCGGCCUAAUUAAUUCCGCAAUCGUCGCGAUCUCGUUCGCCACCUCUGCAGGCGCCUUUCCAUAUGUGUAGUACCACGCGAACACCGAAUGAAACAUCAGUUUCGUCCGAAAACAGUAACGAGUUGGACUUCAAGACUCACGACGACGACGCCUUGGGUGAGCGACUGCGUUGACCAUGAAUUUGUCAUCCGGCUCUAAAGGGCACGGGCGGCGCCGAGGCCGGCCGUGGACAGUUGAACUCCGCGAUAGGUACCUAGCUCUCUUAUCUCCAGCAGUCAAAUACCACAAGGUCGCCUGCGAAUACCAGCCCUUUUGCGUUCACACGAUUCCAUCACGAUGCCGCAGCACCCACGAAUUACCUGCAAUACCGGCCAUGCCACCGGCUCAAGCGCCGAUUCCGGGCGAAAGCCUGCGGACCUCACCCAUCACUUCAACGCCAGCACACGCGCGCGGAAGCCCAGCGUCAUGAAGGGCCUCUACAAGUACUUUAUGGUGCCGGGAAUGUCCAACAUCGCCGGCGGUCUUCCGUACCCCGGCUUCUUCCCCUACGACACCCUGCGUGCCGAUGUCGCGUCACCCGAGCGUCUCCUCGACAUCGCCUUCCACGGGCUCACGCCCGCUAAGGCGAGCUCCAGCUUCUUCUCGCGCCGCCGACGCGAAAAGGACCCAAAGACGUCUCACAUUUCGAUCCCGAAAUUCGAGCCGUCGCAGCCUGCCGAGAAGCGCAUCGACGUCGCCACGACGCUGCAGUACGGGCGCGCCACGGGCCUGCCCGCGCUCGCGGACUUUGUGCGCGAGUUCACGUUCGCCCACAUGAUGCAGGGGCAACUCGCGUAUGCCGAGGACCAAGCGGAUAUCGUGCUCACGUGUGGUUCGACCGAUGGGUUCUCGAAGAUUGUGCAAUGCUUCGGCACCGCGGGCGACUCCAUGCUCGUCGAGGAGUUUACGUAUCCUAAUGCGCUGCAGACCGCUGCGCCGUUCGGAAUCAGUACCGCGCCGGUCAGGAUGGACGAGGGCGGGAUGAUGGUCGAUGGCCCGGGUGGACUAAGGGACGUCCUCGAGAACUGGAAUGUCGAGAAGAGUGGGCGGCGUCCACACUUGAUGUACACGGUCACCAUCGGACAGAACCCAACCGGCAUCACGCUGAAGCGCCAGCGACGGAAGGAGAUCUAUGAGCUGUGCGAUAGGUUCGAUGUGCUCAUCCUCGAGGACGACCCGUAUUGGCAUCUACAGUUCACGCCGGAAUCUCACAAUCUCCCCAGCGAUACGGAGACGAAAUACCCAUUCUUGGCCGCGCUGGAACUCAGCUUCCUCAGCAUCGACACGUCCGGGCGCGUGAUCCGACUGGACACCUUCUCGAAGACCAUCGCGCCAGGCUGCAGGAUGGGAUGGAUCACGGCACAGAAGCCGAUCAUUGCUGCGAUCGUGGCGGCGACGGAGUCGAGCACCCAACAGCCGUCUGGAUUCGUACAGGGUAUGGUUGCCGAGCUGCUGUGUCGUGCUUGGGGGAUGGACGGCUGGGUGGCGUGGCUCGAGUCGCUUCGCGACGUUUACGAGGAGCGUAUGGUCUCCAUGACCGCCAUUCUGGAGGAGGGCAAGGAGAUCAUCACCGUCACGUCACGUGACGACCUUGAGGUGGUGGAGAGAACACAACUCUACUCCUUCAACAAGCCCGAAGGUGGCAUGUUCGUAUGGAUCAGAAUGGACGUGUCAUCGCACCCCGCAUACAAAGCAUUCAUUUCCCGGGGGAACAGCAAGGCGGACAUGCUCACCAAAUUGUGGGAGUGGAAUGCCGUGACACAGUUGGCGCUUCCCUGUCCGGGAGGAAUGUUUACCGGCGGCGAGAAGUGCCGCGAUAAGGCGGACGAUUACUUUCGCUUCUGCUUUGCGGCGAUAGAGCUUGAGGAGGUGAAAGCUGCCACGAGCCGGUGGGUCCAGGGCACAGAGAAGUUUUGGCACUUGAAGGCGUGGGAGAUCGAGAAGAUUGGGGAGGCCGAGUCCGUUAUUGGGACGGGUGCGAACAAGAGGGGACAGGACGGUGGGUGGGGCGGGUGGAUAGGUGGGAAAGGACGGUUCGAGGUGAAGUUUGAAGACUUUUGAAUGGAUACUUGGAAUUGUGUAGUCGGACGGCAUCUUUUACUAUUUGUUUGUUUUUGGUUCCAGAUUGGUUGUUAUUAUUAAGGCUAGAAGUUAGUUAGUCGUUCAGGUUAUUCUUAUUAUCUGUGCACCGUUGUCAUUGGCUCACCACGAC